AUUGGUGUUUUCUUCUGCUACACUACAAUGAGCACUCUGACUCUGUAGUUUUCUUCCAGUUUUCACAUUUGUUAAAUCGGUUGAAUUCAGUUACUAUAAAAUUUAUUGCCUCUCAGAAAUAAAAAUGAGUGCUGCUCUGGAAAAUUUGGAAAAUCAAUUGGAACUUUUCGUUGAAAACGUCCGACAGGUUCAUCUUAUUGUGAGCAAUUUUCAACCUCAAGGACAAGGGGUUCUGAACCAGAAAAUAAACUCUAUGGUACAAGGCCUGCAAGAGAUUGACAAACUGAAGGGUCAGUUCCAAAAUGUGCAUGUUCCUCUGGAAGUAUUUGAGUACAUUGAUGAAGGCAGAAACCCUCAGCUGUACACCAAAGACUGUAUGGAAAAGGCUCAAAACAAAAAUGAACAAGUCAAAGGAAAGAUUGAUUCAUACAGAAUGUUUAGAGCUCACUUGUUGGAGGAACUCAGCCAAGUCUUUCCCAAUGAGACCAUGAAAUAUCGUACUGCCAGGGGAGAUGACAUCAACAGAAUUCCAUAGGGAUAAAUUUGAAUAAUCAACAUUGUUUGGGGUUGAGAGUUCUGGAUGUAAAAUUGUCAUUAAGUGUUGGGUCCUGCUGCUCAAAAAUGUAAUAUACCAUUUACAUAACAA